AUGGCAGCACUCAUUGAUGAUGCCGACUACGAUGCCGGUGAGACGUCUGAGAAUGUAUCAAGUCCACAGUCUGAUGCUGGGAAUCAUGACAACUACUGUCGCAGACGACUUUGGACUAGUUGCACUGCAGCCGUUUGGCUUGACAACAAAGUAGUCCACGCGACAUCUUCCCGCGUUUCCGAUGAAAACCUGCUGAGUUUUCUUUCAUCAGGACUGCGUCAAGCUGAACGUCGGUUUAAGGCUAAAUGGCUGCAGUACAUCGUAGUUGAGCCGCCGUCUUCUGGUGAGAUCAACUAA